AGUUCUAACUGUAAAGAGCAAAAGCGGGUUGUGUUUGUCGAAGCUGGAAGCGAUUUCAUUGAUGUCCUGUUUAGCUUUCUUACUCUUCCACUGGGAAGCAUCAUCCGGCUUUUAGGGAAGCAGACAGAUUUGGGAUCUCUUGAUAGCCUUUAUAAGAAAAACAACAAUGUUUUAUAUUCCGAAGUUGUGGGAGACUUUCUCAAUUACAAUAGUAAACGGAAACUCAACUGCAUUAAUAAUAAAUUCUACAGUGAGAAAUCAAUGACAUGCACAUUCUUAUUCGCUGUCUGGAUCUCCUCUUUGAUCACUGGAAAACACUUCACGCUUGGUUCUACGCAUGCAUUGGGGAUGAAAACCACUAACCUUUAUAAGAGCAUUGAGCAGAUUGAUGUCAAGCACUUACAAACCGAGGCAUGCAAAAAAAUGCUUCUUAAACCUCAAAGUGCGGCUGUAACAAUAUGUGAACCUCGAAGUGCGGCUGUAACAAUAUGUAAUGACUUGAAGAUUAAAAAUAAUCAUGAUGUCAAUCCAAGACAUUUCUAUAUUUGCAAUGAAAGUGUGUUUAAUUCAAUCCUCGUGUUACUAUACCUAUGUAACUAUUUCUCUCUGCUAGAGGAGCUGCGAAUUAAAGAUGCAGACAUUUUAGAGGAAAUGGUUAUAAAUAUUAGCAAUGAUGAGAACAAAACACCUAAGUUAAAAAAUAGAGAGAGUGAUUCUGGUAGAGGUUUUGUGGAAGAUGAAAGAAGAUUUAUGGUUUCUGACAACCUUCAAAUUUCUCCAAUUUCCUCCAUUUCUGCCAUAACUAAAGGAAUAGACUUUCUAAUUUAUGAUCCUGUUAAGAAGGAAGUUAGCAUUGAUAAAGCCAAGGAAAACUAUUUUCUUCUGGGUAUUUAUGCAAUCUUUGCUCUUCUGAUCAACUUCCUUUUUUAUUCAAAAUGCAGAUUCUAUCAUUGUUGGGUGCCACGUUGAUCUCCAAGACUGUGUUAACUAAUGUUUUCUCUGCUAAACCAAUGUAUCGAAAAAGUUACUAAAUGUCUGUAACAUAAUGCUUAAGUUGUGCAAAUUAGAUAGCAUUAUAACUGAUGACUGAACUAUCUAAACUUUUUUGUCGGAUUCGAACCGUUUCAUUUUUUAUUUGGCUAGCACUGCUAUAUAUCUAACAAAAAACAAGCUCGUCAGUUUUAUCUUAGGAAAUCCUUCUAUUUCUCAUCAAAUUAUACUCCCCAUACUUAGGACGCUACUAUGGUUCCUAGUUAAUUUUUGUUGCUACCGCCUAUAUGUUCAUGAAAAAUGACGCAUUCUUCAUACAUUUUUGUAUCACCAGUCAUUUGAACCGGUGCAAUUCUUCCAAGGAUGAAGAAUUUCUCAAGUUGCAUUUUCUAGAUAUGUUGCUUGCUAGAAAUUUUUUGGCGCCUUAGCUUUUCAACGGGGGUGGCUAGCGAUGAUUGAUGGUGUAUAAAUUCAAGUAAAAUUUUACAAAUCUUCAAGUUCUUAUUAAAUUCAAGUAUAGGUCUCUUUCAUGUGUAAAUGAAGAUUUAUUAAUACUAUUUUCAGUGUAAUAUUUAGAUAAUUGGCUAAAUUUUUUCAAUGCUAUUGAACGGUUAAUGUUACUUUUAUUUAUCAUAAAUUAUUCAUUGACAUUAUUUAAGUGUCUUAAUAACUUUAGAAUCUAGUAAUCCUAAACUUAUUGAAUUCAUCUCAUCGAGCCGGCCGCUCGGUUUGACUAUACUUGUGCAUAAUUUGAAGUUUUUGAUCCUCCAUCAGUCAAUGUUAUUUUCAUGAAGCUCUUGUGAAGAACGCAUCUGCUUCACUCCAGCUCUCCGCUGCCUGCAUCAAUCAAGUUGUCUUGAAAUCUUGUCAUAACUAUAAAUACAUACUCUCUAUCUAACAACAAGUUUGUGUUUUCUAUUUUCUCGACUUGACGUUAUUUUGCUUAUAUCAAGUGCAAGCUUUGUCACUAGUGAGAGCUAUGCUGAUGUCCAAGGCAGUGUUGACAGACGUUUCUCUCCUAAGGGCAAUCAUACAACGAUCACUGUUUUUUGCUCUUUUAAACCAAAGCGACAGAGAUUCAAUAUAUAGUUUAUGAUACUUCUAGUUUUGUUCAAUGGAAGUGUACUGCUAUAUCUUUAUUGAACAUUCAUCAACAUAAAUGAUUAACCAAUCAAAAACCAUAACAGAGAGCCUUAUUAAGGAAAAUAUCAUGAGGAAAACAAACAUGAAGGAAAAUUUUGGCCAAGCAACAAAAACAUCUGCUAUAUCAUCAUUUGAUUAGGCAAAGCAAUAAAAACAUAUCUCAAUCAAACAUAUAUUUUGAUUGGGUCUUCUAGAAUAGUGAACCUCAUAUAAUUUUUUGAUUAGAUUCUUUUUUAGGGAGUAUAGUAAUAUUAUUUUGUCAAUAUCCCAAUGUAAAACCAAAGAUGCACCAAAGUGUUGAAUUCCAUUGAUGUACAUGCAAAUCUAACUAAACAAAACAAAAUCUAUAAUUUUUAAUAAUUUAUUUAAGUUUUGUGAAAAGAAUAAAAAAAAAAGAGAUAUAUCAUAUUCAAUGCAAUAGAUCAAAAACAACAACACGCUUUUGUCCCAUUACGUGAGAUCAGCAAUAGAUCCGAGAUUAAAAUUUUAAUCAAGCCAUAUAUGGAUCAAGAGAACACAUGAUGAGAUAUUAACUAAAGAUAAAUUUAUGAAGAAAAGAAGUCGAGUUAUGGCUGUUUUAUUCUCUCACUACGUGAGGCCAGCAAUAGCUUCGAGAUUAAAUUUUAAUCAAGAUAACACAUGAUAAGAUUUUAACUAAAGAAAAAUUUAUGAAAAAAGAGAAUUAUGCAUGUUCUGAGCUGCAAAGAUGCAAAAAACAAAACUAACCAACUGAUGCAUUGUUUGGGAGUUGGGACGACCUUUUUAUUGCUUCUUAAAGUUGCUUUUUAGCAAGGUUCAGAAAAUCGGACCGGACAAUGAACCGGAAUCGAACCGGCUGACGUAAUAAAUAAUAAAUAUUAUUGAAAUUUAAUAAAAUUAACAUAAUAAUAAUGUUAUAAUUCAAAGUAUGA